ACACACACACCGCGCGCCCCGAGGGGCCACACCGGGACUGAACGGCCCGGAGGCGGGCUUCCCCGCACUUCCAAGCCCAUUCCGCCGGGGCCGUAGGGCCGCCAUCCUUCACGCCGCCCCGGCGUGCGGGCGCUCGGCUCCUCAGCAGGCCCGCCCCUCCCGCCCCUUCCGCCCCGCCCCGGGGUUGCUGGGGCAACGCCGGGACGCGCCAGCCGGGAGUCCCCGCGGCGCUCUGGCUGAGCCAGGAGUGGAGAGCAGGCCCGCAGCGCAGUUAAAGUGGGGCCUCUUGCCAUGGCCUCGCUACGCAGUGCCAGCGCCAAGCUGAGAAACUACUUCAGGGAGAACUACAUUCCUCAGGUCUGCGAGGCUUUGUUGUGUGGUCUACUUGUUACAUGUCCUCCGGACCCUCUGAGAUAUUUAGAGGAAAUGAUCAUUAUUAUAAUGAAAAAUGGCCUCGAAAGUCUCCUAUGGGAUAUGUGCAUUGAUCCAUCAAUGAAACCAAAAAUUCGGAGAUUAUCUGAAACUUACUUGGAACAACUUUUUGGACUGGAUGAUCAGCUGAUGACUUCAGAAUUGAUGAUAAAAGCAUGUACUUUUUAUACCGGACAUUUAAUAAAAACCCACUUUUGCACCUGGAAAGACAUAGCAAAACCUCGCACAUAUGAAGAUGACAUUCUGGCUGAAAAAAUGGAAAGAGCAAUGAAAUAUGACAAUUUCAGACUUCAAAAAUAUGUAUUUCAUCAUUGGCACUCUUAUGUGAAAGGUCAAAUAGAAAAACGUAAAGCUACACUAUCGCGGAUAAAACAGAUAUACUACUCAGCCAGGCUAAUAAUCAUCCUAAUUAAAUGGAGGGAAAAAGCAAGACAAAAGUAUAAAAAGAGACAAGAUGAACUGCUGUUAAAACAUGAACUUCAGUUGAUGAAAUGGAGAAACAAGAUAAAAUUCAAAAGAUCUGCCGAAGAGCAAUCCAGUUCUCCUGAAAGUCUGUCUGAGGUCCUUCUUGUAGGUGAGAUUCCUCAAUGUGACAUUUCAGUGUUACCGGAAAGAGCAGUAUUGCAGAUUUUCUUCUACCUCAGUUUAAGAGAUGUGGUGAUAUGUGGUCAGGUUUGUCACUCCUGGAUGCUGAUGACACAAACGAGCUCAUUGUGGAAUGGUAUUGAUUUUUCCUCAGUAAAAGAUAUGAUCACAGAUAAAUAUAUAGUGUCUGCUUUGCAAAGGUGGCGUCUAAAUGUACUGCGCUUGAAUUUUCAUGGUUGUCUUCUCCGAGUGAAAACUUUGAAAUCUGUCAGUCUCUGUAAAAAUUUGCAAGAGCUGAAUGUCUCUGACUGUCCAACAUUCACAGAUGACUCAAUGAGAUACAUCUCUGAAGGUUGUCCCGGAGUCCUGUAUCUCAAUCUCUCCAACACAACUAUCACCAAUAGGACUAUGCGGCUCCUACCAAGGCACUUCCACAACUUACAGAGUCUUAGCUUGGCUUAUUGCAAAAAGUUCACAGACAAAGGUUUACAGUACCUGAGUUUAGGGAAUGGAUGCCACAAGCUCAUCUAUUUGGACCUUUCCGGCUGCACCCAGAUUUCAGUCCAAGGCUUCAGGAACAUUGCAAACAGCUGCACUGGAAUUAUGCAUCUGACCAUCAAUGACAUGCCAACUCUGACGGACAACUGUGUAAAAGCUUUAGUUGAAAAAUGUCCUUUUAUUACAUCCGUGGUUUUCAUGGGUGCACCACAUAUCUCUGACUCUGCUUUCAAAGUUCUUUGUGCCUGUGACCUCAGAAAGAUCCGAUUUGAAGGAAAUAAAAGAAUUACUGAUGCAUGCUUCAAAUUUAUAGACAAGUGUUAUCCAAAUAUUAAUCACAUUUACAUGGUGAACUGCAAGGGAAUAACAGAUGGUAGCCUCAAGUCGCUCUCACCUUUGAAGAAACUUACUGUGUUGAAUUUGGCAAAUUGUGUAAGAAUUGGUGAUAUGGGAUUAAAGCAAUUUCUUGAUGGUCCUGUGAGCACAAGGAUAAGAGAGCUAAACUUAAGUAACUGUACCCUGGGUGAUGCCUCUAUUGUGAAACUAUCAGAAUGCUGCCCUAAUUUAAACUACUUGAGUUUACGAAACUGUGAAAAUUUGACUGACCUAGGAAUUAAAUGUAUUGUAAACAUCUUUUCUUUGGUGUCAGUAGAUCUCUCAGGAACAGACAUCUCUAAUGAGGGUUUGACGAUACUUUCCAGACAUAAAAAGUUAAAGGAACUUUCUCUAUCUGAGUGUUAUAAAAUCACUGAUAUUGGAAUUCAGGCCUUCUGCAAAGACUCAUUGAUCUUGGAACACUUGGAUGUCUCUUACUGCCCCCAGCUAUCAGAUGAAAUUGUUAAAGCAGUGGCCAUUUAUUGCACUAACCUCACAUAUCUCAGCAUUGCCGGCUGUCCGAAGAUUACUGACUCAGCAAUGGAGUUGUUAUCGGCAAAAUGCCAUUACCUGCACAUUUUGGAUAUUUCUGGUUGUAUCCUGCUUACUGACCAAGUGCUUGAGGACCUUCAGAUAGGUUGCACACAACUUCGGAUCCUUAAGAUGCAAUACUGCAGACUUAUUUCCAAGGAAGCAGCAGAGAAAAUGUCAUCUAUGGUUCAGGAGCAGGAAUACAGCCCUUAUGACCCUCCGUCUUGGUUUGGCUAUGAUUCCCAGGGAGAACCUCUUACAGAGAAACAGGAUGGAACACCAUUUCAAGACUCAGACUUGACAAUGAAAGAGUCAACAUACAGUAGUGAAGAGGAAGCAGUAUGACCUUCAGCCUCCAGCAAGAAGAACAAAAAAUCUAGAAUUUGGCAACUUCAUUUAAUGCAAGUAUUUAUAUUAGCUGGAUCUCAACAAUGUAAACAAGCAGUAAAUCAUCUCCUGAUGGUUAUUCCAACUGUAAUUGUUUCUAAAUACAUCAUUACUUCUUCUAAUAAUUAUGAUUAAAAAAAGCCAAAUCAAGUACUGCUACUGUGUAAAUAUUCCACUUAAAUUAAGCUUAAUCAAACCAAUACUUUUGAUGAGAUUAUCAAAUCUGAGGUUAUAGUUAUACGAAACAACUCUGAGAGACGUGACAUUUUUGACAAGCAAUUUAGAACUUCUCUUUAGAAAAGAAAGCAGAGAUGGUCCUAUACGUCAGAGUUAAGAGUUUGAGCCAGGGCGAUGCCUUCGACCUGAGAAGCUAUAUUAUAAAGGAUAUAAGCAUACAUUUUUAACAGAAACAAGGCUUUCUUGUGAUUUCCAUAUACUUAGCAACAACAGAGAACUAAAUGCCACAUGAUCCCCUACUCACCUCAACAUCUGACUUAAAAACACUUGGGCAAAUUAAAUAGAAACAAAGAACUAUAUGUGAAUACGAAGGAUAUCCUUGCAAUGUCUCAGAAAGGUUUCUUUUUAAUCAAAUUUGCACUAUAGGGGAAUUGUUAAACUAUGCUGUGCCAAAAAAAAAUAUGUUCUCCCAAUUUUGUUAGGAGAUAUGGGUUAUUAAUUACAUAUCCACAUAGUAAUUUUUAAUAAGCUUUCAUGUAUAAAUUUUUACCAUUUUGGUAAAAGAUAAUUAACAGAAUUCAAAUGAUCACAUGCCAGUGUAUCAUUAUUUGAUAUCAGUAACA